CAAUUUUAUAGUUAUAAAAUUUAGAUUUACCACAAAACUUGAUAUUCUUAUUGUGAUUUCAGCUUGUUAAUGUUUUCUGAAUACCUUAUAUGCAAUCGCUGUUUGAAUCCAAAAAGAAUUUAAAUUUGAAUACAUUUUAAAUUUUUAAUAUGGCACCAAAAUUGACUGUGGCAUCUAAGCGUAGACCUGUUCAAUCACAUUCUAAUAUUUACAUUAAAAAAAUGAAUCAUUAUAUGCUUGUAAAUUCACGUUUACGUAAACGUAUAAUCCAAUAUUCUAACCUAAAUAAACAGUUAUCUGGUACUAGAAACAGUUUAUUGUUACAAAAUAUGGCAUUAGAAAAAGAAUUGAAUUCUGUGAGAAACUCUAAUGUAACUUUGACUGCUUUAUAUCAAAUGGUUUGUAAAAAACUACAUGAACUAGAACAAAACUUAAAAAAUUGUCUGCCAGCAAUAGUUACUUUAUCGCAAUAUUUUCCAAGUAUGAUGCAAACUGUUCAUGAAUUAGUAAAAAUUGAAAAUCAACCAAUCAAUGGCAAUACCAAAGAAUCUCAAACUAAAACGGUACGACCUAUUAUGAGAGGAAACACUAUUAAUAAUCCUAUUGCAUCAAAUAAUAAAUUAAGUAUGUCCCCAAUUAUUGAAAGUCCCAAUUCUGAACAAACACCAAAACGUCUUAAAAGAUCAAUUAGUUUUAGAAAUUCACCUCAGCAUAAACUUAGUAUUGAACCAUAUGUGCGUUUAAAAGAUGUUGCUCAAUUAUUAAAAAAUUCCAAAUCUGUUGAUAAUGAAAGAAAACCAAAACAAUCUAUUAUACCAAAUGAUGGAUCUAUUUGGUUAAAUAAUCAAGAGAGCCCAAAUUUAUUUGAAAAUUCUAAAUGUUCAGAAAAUUGUGAUAAUUCAACUCCAAAAGUAAACAAUUCAUUUGAUGAUAAAUUCACUGUAACUGCAUCAGUAUCUAACACUAGUAGCAACUUUUGUCACUCUAUAUUAAUUAGUGAAAAUGAAAAUAGUCAUGAUAAUGAACAGCUUUCUGAAUCUUGUAUUCUAAGAAACAUAACUUAUCGAAAAAGACAAAACAGAAGAUCUAGUGAGACAAGUAAUAAUUCUAGUGUAAAUGAUUCAAUAACUAUUCAUAGGACAAGAAGAUCAGCAACAAGUAAGGUAAAUUACAAAGAACCUUCACUUGGAAAAAAACUUAGAAGAAAUUGAUUUAAAUGAAAUUUAUUGUAAUUAAUAACUAAACUUUCUUGUAAAAAAGGAUACUUAAACAUUAAAUAGUGAUAAAUUGUUUAAAUGAUUAGUAAUUUUACAAAAAAUAAUGUGGAAUUUUAUGUCUUUUCGUAAAAAAAAACUGAUUUAUAAAUAACUGUCUAUAUUUUAUUUUUAAAUUUUAUUUAUAUGAGAUAUCAUUUUAUGUUUAUAUUAUAAUAAAAUAUUAAUUUUGAUUGUAACCUUCAUUUUUUUAAAAUCUUUGUCAUAUUUUUGAUGAUAUAAAAUAACAUUAUUAAUCUCUGUAUAAUUGUAAAAUAAUUUUGCGAAUGACUUAUAUUUAUACCUAAAAUUUUUGUGUGCAUUCAUUAAAUGUUAUUU